GAGUCAUAAAAUGAGAUUAUUUUAGCAAAUCGGCGCUUCGAAUACUCUCUGUUGUUCCGUUUAAAUGGUGGAAGGAGGGGCCUAAUGUGAUUGACGUGUGAGCGUGCGAUUGUGAGCCAAUCAGGUGACGGGGAAAAGGGUUUAACUUUUAAACCGCAUUGAACUUUAUUCGGACUUGAGGAGAGAGAGAAAGCUCGCUCGUGCUGUGUAACGUUAAUUCAUUUAUAGUUUUAAAACGGAUAUUUUUUUAUUUUCUUUGUUUUUAUUGCAUAGAACAAGUAAACAGUACUUUAUUGUCGCGUAAUUUAUUCGAUUUCUUCACAAAGUGUCGACGGAAAUUUGGUUGAAUGUGUAAAUGUCCGUUGGUUGGAGAACUAAACCGAGAUUUAAAUAAUGUACCGGAACAACCUCACUAUAGAAUCCUGUGAUCUGUCAAACUACAUCGAGUUCAUUGAAGAUCAGCUGUAUUUUGCUCUUCUUCAUCAGAAGGUGAAGAGCAGUCCUGACAGACACUGUUUCUGUAUAGAUGAUGAGCUCUCCUAUGAGAACUUCUACGCGGACUUUGGCCCGCUCAAUCUGGCCAUGUUUUAUCGCUUCUGUUGCAAACUCAACAAGAAGCUGAAGUCUUGUGUUCAUGCAAAGAAGAAAAUUGUGUUUUAUACCUGUGGAGACAGAAAGAAACAAGCCAAUGCUGCGUAUUUGAUCGGCUCUUAUGCUGUAAUGCAUCUACAGAAAACACCAGAAGAAGCGUACAGCCUUCUUGUCUCUCAAAAUGCAUCAUAUCUUCCUUUUAGAGAUGCGUCUUUUGGAACUUGCAUGUACAAUCUGAAUAUUCUUGACUGUCUACGGGCCGUUCACAAGGCUCUGCAGUUCGGCUGGCUGGAUUUCUCGCAGUUUAAUGUGGAGGAAUAUGAACAUUAUGAGCGGGCGGAAAAUGGAGAUUUUAACUGGAUCAUUCCAGGGAAGUUUUUGGCUUUCAGCGGUCCUCAUCCGAAGAGCAAAAUUGAGAACGGAUACCCUCUUCACGCCCCUGAAGCGUAUUUCCCCUACUUCAGGAAGCACAACAUCACCACGAUCAUCCGGCUCAACAAGAAAAUGUACGACGCCAAGCGUUUCACAGACAUGGGCUUCAAGCACCAUGACCUGUUCUUUGUAGAUGGUAGUACGCCCAACGACGCCAUCGUCACCAAGUUCCUGAACAUCUGCGAGAAUGCUGACGGCGCCAUCGCGGUCCACUGUAAAGCUGGUCUGGGCCGAACAGGGACUCUGAUUGGCUGUUACAUGAUGAAACACUUCAGACUGACUGCAGCUGAAGCCAUCGCAUGGAUCAGGAUCUGCAGACCCGGUUCAGUCAUCGGACCUCAACAGAACUUUGUUGAAGACAAACAGAUGAAUCUGUGGGCAGACGGUGAUCUGUACCGCCAAAAAAUAAGUGAGCAGGAAAAUGGCUCAAGCAAAAUGGCAGUGGCUGGAAUCCUGUCCGGAGUAGAAGAUAUUUCCAUCAAUGGUACAAACAAGAACAUAUCACAGAGAAAAACAGCCACUGAAACGCACACUGAGGAAGAGGAAGAGGAGUGUGGCGGUCUCACGCAAGGCGACAAACUACGAGCUCUGAAGAGUAAGAGGCAGUCCAGAGCGUCCACGGGUUCAAUAUCUUUGGAAGAAAAUACAAUUCACACCAAAUCAACAUCAAAGUCUUUAAGCUCAGAUAAAAGGAAAAGAACUCGGGCGUCACUUGGAUCCAACAGAGCCAGCAGCCCUUUACAUUCAAGGCUCGCUAAAUCUUUAGGCAGCUUGCACGUAAUGGCCUGUGAAACGGAUGGUGUGUUCUCUGACGUUAGCGCUGCCUCUAUGGCCAACAAUAAUUUCAUCAAGCAGUCGAACUUAAAGCACUUAAAGCCACACGCGGCCCAGAGGACUUACUCUGCCAUUUCCAUACACCGCAGUCUGAGUUCCCUCAGCUCAUAACUCCAUCUCCAAAGCUCGAGCUCCUCUCCUCCGCUGAAAACGGCCGCGGAUCCAGGAAAGACCGACGUCACAGAGACUGCACUGAUAUUAUUACUCUAGUUUUACUUCUUUAUGGGUUUGUCUAAGUGAUGAUCUAUCAACAGUAUUCAACAAGGAAAAUGAAAAAUCAGCAUUUUUAUUUUAUAAAGAGAAAGUGAGUUUUUUUUAAAUCAGAGAGAGCUUUAAGCAUCUGUGAAGAUAAACUUUUUAUGCCAUUGUAAAUAUCAUGUGUCAGAAGCUGCCAUUAUGCAUUGCUAAACCUGUAAUAUUGUUUUUUUUAAUACUGUAUCUCGUACUUACAGCGCUCUACAGACUGUAAAUGAAUCAUACUGUGCUAAUCAUGACUGAAAGCUGUAUAUAAGCUGAAAUUUGAUAGAUUUUUUUUUUUUUUUUUUACUGUAAAUACUGCAUAUCUUUUUAUUUUGAUGACCAAAUUUAAAUCAUGAUAAUUUCACAUGUGUGUAUAUAUAUAAUAGGAAAGGAUUUGAGUCAUAGCCCUUUCAAUAAAUCCUUUCUGCAGUUGCA